AUUAUGUUUAGUACAAAUCCAGCUUGUAAAAUAAGAAGAAUUUAAUUUUUUUAAAGUCCAAUUUUGUUUUUUUAUUUUUAUGGAUUUUUAAAGGUUUUAGAUAUCCAUGUACUUACCUUAUCAAUAAACUUAAUUGGAACAUAAUUUUUCGUGUUUACAAAUGUUCGUUCUGGGAUCGAACCUGGAACGUUGCUCUCAUUAUAACGCUAUUACACCAUCCGUGUAAUCUGGACCACACACAUAACUGUAGGUACGCCCAGGAUUGUGACCGUUUGUAAUUAAAAUCAGUGAACUAUCAUAAUUCGUCCUAACCCUGAGGUCGCCGUACUGUCUAACUUAUAAGAUAAGGCUAAAAAGACACAUUCCUGAACUACUAGGUAGUAUGAAAAAAAAUGUUUAGAUAAUUAAUUAAUGUUCAUUCACGAGAAUACUCGAGGGCAGAGGACAUAUAUUGCUACCUGCUUAAGUUAUAAUGAUUGCAGUUGUGGAAGAGAGACGACGUGCUAUGACGUGUAGUUUUCUAUCUCGCUCCCACAUCUCCAAUAAUGUUAAAGACGGUAGGUCUGCAGACAUUAUCUCAACGCUGCAAUUUCGAUACGUCAUCGAUGUAACACCAAACACGUAUUUACUACUCCAAUACGAUGUUUACCACACACGCGCGAUCAAUAAACAUACUAAUCACACUUUUUCUACGAAACACAAACUAUAUUCAUUAUCAGGCGCGGCUAUUUGCUAAGAGGUCACAAGAUCGCGCCCGCGCCGGUCAUACAACGGACCAUUUCAAUUCACAAACUCUACCGUAUUUAGAACCUAUUAAAAAUAAUCACAAUUAUAGAUAAUAAAUAGCAAAGCUUCUUUUGCAGUCCGAAAAUAUGACCAUACGCACAAUUUCGCCCUUAUUGAGCUAAAUUAAGGAGGGGUGGGGCUUAAAAAUGUAUGAAUCGAACGGUAAAUUUAAUGUUGCGCAGGAGUAUAUCAUUUGAAUUGUACGCGAAGAAAUAUCAGUUGUGUCUUGGAGUCGGCGGGCGACGGUCGCGUGUUCGGCGGUUAAUUACAUUUUAGUGUUGUGUCUGACAGUGCGAUGAAGUGGUCGAUAUUUGUUUGUUUGGUCGUGUGCACUGCAAGAUUCUGCGACGGCUUCGCGCUAAAAUGUCCGCCUGGUGUGACCGACUCCUCUUGCACAGAAGAAAGGAUACCAACAAAUACAGAAGAACCAUCAAAUAGCGAGUCUUCGGAGGCGCAGUGCCUGGCGGGCAGUGAGUGGGAGAGCAACUGUCACUACUGCCGCUGCUCCAGUACCGGCCUCGCCGAGUGCUCGAAGCUGGACAUCUGUGAUAAAGGCGCCUAUGCGGAGCCGCUUCUCUGCAAGCCGAACACGACGUUCCAGCGAGACUGCAACACGUGCGUCUGCCUCGAGAACGGGCUGGGACUGUGCACCUUAUCGCACUGCAGUCGACCAGAUAGUCCUGUACCAACACAUGAGGUUAUAGAAGAAAGUUUAAGUGAAUUCAGUGAACCAGACGUACCUACACUGAAGUCGGGACACACCGAUGCUGUAGUACAAAAAAAGAAAUUGUCGACCCAAAAAAACGCCACGAAAAUCCAAGUGUGUGAAGCAAACCGCAUGUUCAUAAAGGACUGCAACACUUGCUGGUGUAACGAGGACGGGACGGGGUACUUCUGUACGAGGAGAGUGUGUGUGCCCUUACAUCCUGAUGAUGAACAGGAUAUCGGAGGAAUACCUGCAGAAGAUCUGAAAGUAAUAAAGAAAGAGUGUCGCCCAGAUGAAGUCUUUGAACUGGAUUGUAACAUGUGUCGCUGUAAUCCUGAUGGAAAGUCGUAUUCGUGUACGCGACGAGCUUGCGAGGAACACGACGAUAAAAAGAAGGUCACAUUAUCAAGAAAAGUGCGAGCAUUCACUCCGGAGCCGCCGAAGGCCUGCCAGCCGGGGCAAGAGUUCCGCAUGGACUGCAACAAGUGCCUCUGCGACAACAAGGGGCAGGACUUCUCCUGCACUCGCAUCGACUGCAACGCGCUCAACAACAACCAUAAUAAUGGAUUCAGCGGGCCCAGGACUAAAAGAGAGUCGUCCCCGUCGCAGCAGGUGGGCGAGCAGUGCGCGGCGGGCAGCAUGUUCGAGCGCGGCUGCAACGUGUGCCGCUGCGGGGGCGACGCGCGCAGCGCCGUCUGCACGCUGCGCCGCUGCGAGCCCGCGCCCGCGCGGACGCCUGAUGCGGACCCUGGUUUCCGCUGCAACCCCGGCGAGCAGUUCAAACGCGACUGUAACGACUGCACCUGCUCCGCCGACGGUAAGAGCGUCUUCUGCACACUACGUCUUUGUGAUCAAGACUUAACGCCUGACAUCUAAACACAAAGCUCCACGUCACACUCAUCAUAUACCCGAAUUCAAGAUCGAUGCACAGCAAAAUGCCGAGUAUCAUGCUGUCUUCGUCAUCGCCUAGUAAAAUGUAGAGACAAAAAAUCUUUACACGUCAUUUAUCACGUCGUUCUUGAAUACGGUUGUCUUAUUUAAAAAGUUGAAUAUGAAACCUUUUUAGUUAUUUACUAUUCAGGUUUAGUAACGGAACUUUUUCUACAAUAAAUGUCAAAAAGUAGGUACGAAUUAAAGUAAAUGGCUGAAGAAAUAAUCGCAUUUUUUUAUUUAAAAUAAAAUAAUUCAAAAUAUCGAACGUUGGAACGAACGUUCAUUGACGGAAGUAUUGAAAAUAAACGGCGGACGAAUGUUCUGUCAGUUUUAAAGAUGGCGUUUGUUUUAUUUUUUGUAAUCCGAAUCCAUCUUCUUCAUGUCUAAACUAUUUUGUGAAUUAAUUAAAAUAAGUUUUUAUUUACCAGUGACUAUUCUUUGUAAAGAGAGUAUUUUUACUUUUUGGACGACUUUUAGAAACUUUACGCUCUCUAUAUUUUGUAAUUAAAUUUUGUAUUUUUUUUCCUAAAUACGUCGUUUUCUGAAAGGGUUGUAAAAAAAUAUAUUAAAACCUAUCAAACCUGUUCAGCGAUUUGAUUUUUAGUGUUGAAAACAAUUACAUUGAUGAGUCUUUGCCUUUCAGACUAACGACAAAAAGAAACAUUGUUUUAAAAACACAUUGCAAUAACAGAUUCAUUCCUUUUUUGCUGUACAGUAUUUUCAUUCAAUUUACAGUAUGUUAUAUCAUUAAUCCUAUUUGAUAAGUGGGACAUUUCCAUACUAUGCCUCCCUUAUUAUAUGCAGGUCUUUCUAAAUGCUCAACAUUGCAGUUAAAAUAAGAUAAAAAAGCUUACUAUUGGCCAUUUUUUAAGUAAUUAGUAGUCACUUUUCAAACUCUGUCCACGAUGUUAUAAAUAAGCAAAUUGAGAUUAACUGCAACGAUUCAAACAUAAUUAUUUUAAUGUAAGUUACGGUUUAUAAUUUCGAUGAACGGACAGACCAGAUAAAAAUAUAGACUGAUUAACACAUUAAGGCAGAAAAGUUGUGAAAAAUAGUGGACCCAGUUGGUAUAGUUUUUUCAGUGUCUAUUUUUGCCCGUAAUAGAGCAAUUUUCUAUAAGAAAGAACGAAUAGUCUGAGAAAGAUUUACACAAGUUUUGCUAUGCUGCUGAUAUCUUACGGUAAAAUUUAGCCUGGAGAAGAUUUAUUAAUUUGACAUCAAGGACGGGCAUUUUUUUGUAUCAUGUGACGAAAAUGCCCGACCAGAGGUUUUUGCCUAGGUGUUAAGCCUGUGUCUUUAUGUGGUCUGUAGUUUUUUCGAAAUAAAAAUGGUGUAGGUGUUUUUUAUUUUCUCGUUUCGUGGUAUCAUGAUAAGUUCCUUUGCCUUUCUGUUCUUAAGCAGCUUUGGAGUCGAACUAUGUUCUAUGACUAUAAAUAAACUGUUCCGUGCAGAAGAGGGGAUGGAGAUGGUGACUAGAUUUCAUACUCUUCAAAUUUUAAUGUUUUUAAUAAAUAUUUUUGCUACUGCUUCUUAUUAAAAGAUAUCGGGACUGUCUUAUCUCGAAUGGUUUAAAUAUUGUCUCGUUUCGUCAAAAUUUUUAUUACGAUUGAAAAUUUUGUGUGACAUCAAACCAUGAUUUUUUUUUCCGAUGCUUGGGGAUCGGGUAGAGUAGGUGGGAGAAAAAAAUGCCGCUCUACUACAUGUAGUGCUUCGUUUCGCUUUCACAAAUGCAACAAGCGGUAUUUUAGAAUUUAGAAUUUUUCUCUGACGGACUAAGUAUAUUUUUACUCUUCGUCUUGUGAUAUCUCCAUCACACCUAUUCUGCGCGUUAGUAUAAUUUCAAUGUUUUGUGUGUUUUAAGUAUUUUGUGACUAAUUUUAGUAUUUACUUGAGUGACCGUGUUUCAAUUAGUAUAGCUGUAAUAAACAUAUUUUUUAUCGAUUAUCGACUAAUCGUUAUUAACAAUAAGCAUAAUCGACUAAAAAUGUUUUCCUUUAGUUUGUUUUAGUUGAUUUCUCGUUUCUUUUUUACUCAUUGGUAUUUAAAUAGUUGUGUAUUGUAUUUUUUAUACGUGGAUGUGUUUUUAUUACGUCAUUGACAUUUUAAAAGUAGUUGCAUACAGUAUUUGUAUGUUAGAUAUUUCAUUUCAUUUUCAUUUUCUAUGUAUUAAUUGAGAGCCGAGCGCCUAGUUAGGUCAUAUUUUUAUAAGAAAUUUGAUGACAGGUCAUAUUUUCUCAAAGCAAAAUAUUAUUUAGGUCAUAAUAUGGCAUUUACUUAAUUAGAAUCGAUUCCUGUAUAAAAUGUAGUUACUACAAACAUUUAGAACUACUGAAAAUCAUGAGUGAUGUAUUAUUAUUUGAUCAUUAAUAUUCUUACCUACUUUAAAUGCUUUUGGAACAUUUAUUAAAAUAUAACCUCAAAAUAUUUUAGUCGAUUUUUCAAUCCUUACUAUGCGCUCGGCGUAAUCGUUUGAAUGUUAGUAUUUAGUUAAUUAGUGUGUAAUGUGGCUUAACUUAGAAAGUACGUACCAUCAUGUAUUAGACGAUACGUAAUUAAAACUUAAGUAAUUUGAGUCUAAGGUAAUCACGAAACGAAUAAACGAGUUAAUUUUA